GAUCUCCGCCUGUGAUCUGCUGCUUCGCCGCGCCAUGGUGGUCCAACGAAAAAAGAAGCGCCUGCCCAGCGUGGGAAGGAUGAGUCGUGUGUUGACCUUCGGACAGCGUCGGCGUCCCAGGAGCAUCGUGGUGAUGUUCCACGGGCUGAAUGACAGCGCUGCCUGCUGUGCGGAGGGGGUUGCUAAGUCCUGGGCGCUGCCGGGGGUCUUGGUGGUGGUUCCCCAGUCGCCGGACCGCAGCUUGUGGAGCGAGCGCUGCGAUCCGGGCUACGACUGGUUGCGCCAGGAGGGGCGGCAGAACGUGAACGAUGCGGCGGCCAACGUGAGGGAACUUCAGCGUGUGGCCAUGGCGCGCGUACGCCACGUCGAGAAAUGGCUGCGAGCCUUGCUGAAGAAGCACAGCUUGAAGCCGAGGCAUUUGAUCCUCAGUGGCUUCUCCCAGGGCUCAAUCCUCUGCGCCCUCUGCGCCUGUCGUUUGAACGCCAAAGGCGCGGUGAUCUGCGGUGGUGUGACGGGGCAGCCCAUCUAUUCGGCCAAGGAGAAGGACUAUGUGGGUGGAGGUUGGAUGAAGUGGGAGCAGUUGCUGCCAAGGAAGGUCGCCUCGACUCGUUUCUGCGCGGUGAAUGGCACCUUAGAUCCCUUCGUGCCGCGGCGAGCGGUCGAGAAGAUGUUCCGUGGCAUCGUUCAGUGGUCGAAUGUGGCUGUGAUCACAACACGUGAUCACCGACAUGCGCAGUCCAUUCAAAGGUUCAAAAAAAACUCCGGCAGCUCCAUGGGGCGGAAGUUGCCAGACAG